UAUAUGUGUGUAUUGAUCUGAGCAGGCACGUAAGUAUAGCGAGCAUAACGAACGUUGUAAUUACAUUUGUUCACAACCGUCAAAGAAAUGAUGUGAUAAAUGUAUUAUGUUUGGAUAUAUCGUACGCAUGUGACCUCGGAGUAAUGUAGGUCAGCGUUCCUGAUGAAUACACUAUCAACAUUGAGGAUAUCAUAAACAUGUCUUGUAGUGUACGGACAUAUUGCGUCAUGUUGUCUAAGAUUGACAGGAGACCGUUUACCUGAAUGAACACAUAUUAUUUUAGAAUUAAUUUGGAUAGCACUCCAUCUGAUUCCAUUCAUGACGAAUAUUCUAUCAACAGUGGAUGAUAUAGUAAACAUGCGUUGUAUAGUAUACAUACAUAUUACGUCAUAUUGUCUAGGGUAUUUACCUGACAUGUAUUUUAUAAUUAAUUUGGAUAGCAUUCCAUAUGUAGUGUUUGUUUCUUAUUUCGUGCGGCUAAUUUCUUCUACCUUUCUCAGAAGCUACUGCAGGAUUGUCAUGAAAAUACAGACAUACUCAUUAAGAAUUCAAUGUGCACAAGGUAACUUUUGUACCUCGAUUGGUAAUCCAAUAUGGCCACCAGAGAUCAAUUCUAGUAGGGAGACUUUGAAAUAAAGGCUGUUAUAGGGGACCGAUUUUGUUCCAACUUGUUUUAAAAUGAGCCCACAGUAUCGAACAUGUAGGUUGUGUUUCAAGGUGCUGAUAUUGUUUGCGUUUUGUUUACCCUACUUUUAUAACCUAUAUGGCCAGCAUAAGAAUAUUCAUAUAAUAUCCUAUAUCUUAUCUUAACAUAUCUGUAUGCAUUUUCCAGGUGAUAAUAUGGAAGCCACGUUGCAAUCCGCAAUACUAAAGCUACCAGACAACAAAAGGACAUUGAAGAGGUCCAAGUCAGAUGGGUGUUUGUUUUUCUGCAAUCAUUCCUCGAACUCCUUAACAGUAACAUCGUUGCGUGUAACGAAAAUGACUAAGUCAAUAGAAAAUCUUACAAUAUCACACCAUUGUUUGGGAUUUCCUAAGUUUCCAAGUGAUAACUGUGAUAAUGAUAACAGCGACGUUAAAUCGCUGCCACACAGAAGCAUUCGUACUGAUAGUGUCUUAAUACCAGUAAACCGAAGAGAUGCGAAAGUAAAAAAAAUGGACUCAGAAUUAAACCUUCAAUUGACAGCAUAUGAAGUGAUUGCAAUCGCUUCACCAUUGCUUAAACAUGCAUAUGUGGGAUGUAUUUCCUUCUUAAAACAUUUGCUAUCCGUUGUUUUUACUGAGAAAAGAAGGUUUGGGAAAGAGAACCGACAUGUAUGGACACUAAAAUUCCUCAAAUAUUUUAUAAUUGUUACAAUGAUCGCUUGCAUUAUAUCCAACAGGAACCUGUGCUGUAUCUUCUUACAUUUUUGCAUCAUAUCGGGUAUUUUUAAAAGUGUUAAACUAAACAGUUUUACCUCAGGAAAUUUUAAUUUGGAUUUUAAUGAAAAUAUGAAAACUAAGAAUCUCAAGGAAUAUAAAGGAUGCAAACCUUACCGUAUAGAAAAGAUAUCUUGGCUUUUGAAAAUGCGACCCCGAAAAGUGUUUUUGAAUGUUUUUCCGUCCAGUCUUAAACUGUAUUUUGAAAACGCCCAAAACGGAACCGGGGAUGCAUCACCGAUGAAUAUCGAAUGGUUACGGUUGAAGUCAUUUGCAAGUGCGUCUUUGAUUAACGCUCGACCUAUUAGAUUAUCGAGAGCCGGAUUUUACUACACGGGUACAUCUGAUGAGGUAGAAUGUUAUUCUUGUGGCAUACGAAGAUCUAACUGGGAGGUUGGAGACGAUCCGGCUGAUCUUCACCGACAAAUGUCUCCCCAUUGUAGGCAUGUAUGUGGCACCGAUGAUACGAACGUUCCAAUACCACGAAACGCCGAAAACAUGCAUUCUCCUACAGCGAAUUCAGGUACCACUCAAGAUAUCAAUAAUGAGUCUUUUCCUCUGAGAGAUAGUGAUCUUUACAGUUCUUGUGAAUUCCCAACGUCUGCGAGAGAUGACAUGGUUCAGCACGGUAUCGAAAAUCAACAUCAAAAUCAGCCUAACACACCAGUCCGGAAUCUAGAUAUACACCAAGAGAAUCCAUCUGUGGAACAAACCGGAAACGGGAUAUAUGCCCCUCCGAAGCAUAUGUCUAAACAAACUAAACAACAUAUUCCUGUGACAUCUAGCCCUACUAGAUCCCCACAGGAGACAAAAAAAUCCUAUGCCUUUUCAACGUCAACGCAGAGCUGUUCAAAAAACAAAUUACAUGCUCAAUGUCGAAAUAGUUCGAGUCCUAUUCCCGGAACAAGAAACCAAAAAAGAAAUGCAUUUAGACGAAGAGAGCUUGACAACGGAAGUCGUAUUGGUGAUAAUACAAACAGAAAUUCUCAAUUGAAUACUCGUAACCCUUUGCCUAUGAAUCCGUCCAAUCAAACUAGCACAUUUUAUACCAACAAAGUCACUUCCGGCUCCGUUAGUGCUUCAGCUAUGCAGAAGCUAGUCCCACUUGGUGUCAACUUCGAUAAGCCAAAGUACCCGGCGUAUGCAGUGCUAACAGUUCGGAUGAGUUCCUUCAGUGGUUGGUCAUGCUCACAGACACCAAACCUGAUGGCUGAGGCAGGUUUUGUGUAUGCUGGGUAUGCAGAUUAUACUAGAUGCUUCUUCUGUGGGGGCGGACUGAAAAACUGGGAGGAUGGGGACGACCCAUGGAUUGAGCAUGCACGGUGGUUUCCUAACUGCGCAUACUUACGACAAAACAAGGGUAUCGAAUUUAUACAGCUGGUACACGAAAGACUAGAUGGUCAAGAACAGGUUAAUGAUUCCUCAAGAACCAGGGAAGAACAACAGGAAGUAGUCGGCGGAAGUUCCUCGGAGAAUUUCCUGUCGGAGAAAGAUACGGAGAACUUACCAGCAUUCCAAAAGGCCGUACAACAAGGACAUUCCACGGAACUUGUCAGACAAGCGGUAAAACAGCUGGUGGAUAAAGGUAUCAAGGAUAUCCAAAGUUCAGACAUCCUCGAGGAAAUAUCAAGGCAGAACAGCGGAGAAAACCAAGGUGAUUGUAGACUGGGGUACACACAAAGAGGGAAUGAAGGGAACACACGUAUCACGGACACAGACGAACGUGAGAUGCGACAGUUAAUGGAGGAGAACCGUCGUUUGACAAAAGAAAAGACUUGUAGAAUAUGUGAGGAAGAGGAUGCCUCAAUUACGUUUCUCCCGUGCGCCCAUCUCGUGUGUUGUCAAGUCUGCGCCCAAGCUGUGAGACGCUGUCCUGUGUGUGGAGUCAUCAUACAGGGCUCCAUCAAAACAUGGCUCACGUAAUCUGACGUCAUUUCUGUGUGUGUAUCUAGCAGUGAACUACGUUACAUUUACUGUUAUUACAUCCCUAAGAUUACUGUUAGUCACGGAAGUGGCCUAUUGAUUAUUCAAAAAUAAUACACGACAUCAAAGCAUUGAUAAUAUAUUUGGAUUAUGUCUAUGAAGCAUGUACAGAAACUACAUCAUUGAUUUUUUCAGCUUGACCAACAAAAUAAGACUGUUCACUAGAUAUCUACUAAAGGAAAUCCCUUUUUUUAUUUCAGAAAUAUUUUAUUAACAAUACAAAUAUAAAUAACUACAAAGUAUUGUCAAAAGAAUAAGACAACAGGCGCAAUGCCUAUAUCAGUCUUCUUCUAUUACUUCCGGUUAGGUUUGGUAGAAAGAUGAUAUGUUUCCCUUUAUUAUUUCUACAGAAAUUAUAUAUCAUUACAUGUAUAGUAUCUAAUUCAAAAAGGGAUUACUGUAAGGAAUUAUAUGUUCAUCAUGAAAUUAAAUAGAAUAGGUGUUAUAAUUAUAGAGAUAACUACUAUUCAAAAUUACUUAGUAAGAAAACAAAACUAUUAUUUGAUAAAGUGAAGACACAACAUAUUUCCACCAAGCCUAAAAUGAAAAGUUAUAUGUAAUGUAAUAAACAACAAUAACUCACUCACACACAUUCAUUCAUACUUUCAUACUAGAAUGUUAUAAGGAUGAGUAUUUAACAUAACAAACUUGCUAUAAUAGUUGAGUAAAUGUAUAUAAUUGUAUUACUACUAAAGACAGUAUUACAUAUAGUUUCUUAUUUAUACACAGAAAAACGUUUUGAGGAUUUAAUAUAUAAGUUUACAUGAUAUAGAAUAGAGAUAUUUAAAUGAUCAGGAGCAUUAAUGAUGCCACACACUAGGCAUUGAAGAUUUAUAUAACCUAACAAGUUGUAGAUGGAUAGAAUAUGGUGCCUAGAAUUGGAAUACAUGGGACAUUGAAAGAAAAAAUGCACUAAAUCUUCACUAGGAGCACCACAUACACAGGAUGGGUUAUCAAUCAGGUGAUCAAAAUGUUUAUCAUAAUUAAGGUCACUUUUAAAAUUUCUAAGUUGGCAUAAAAUUAUGUUAAGUUGUCUGGGAGCAGAAUUAAUGAAAAGUUCAGAAAUAGUUAUAUCAUUAGCAGUUUUUAACUUACAUUUAAAAGAAGAAAUUGUAAUAGAGUCUCUAAUGGAAAUAUCAAGUGAAUUCCACAUAGUCAUAGUUGAAGAAAAAAAACUUUUCAUGUAGCUAUUAGUUCGUGACUAUGGUAUAUUAAAUACUCUGUUAUUUCUAAAGGUGUAUAUAUUGUUUACAUUUAAAUAUGGUUGUAUAAUAUUAGAGAGAUACAAUGGAGUAUAGUUAUUAAUAAUUUUGAACAUUAAUACAAGUUUAUGAUUCUGUCUUCUUUUACUUAAAGGUUCUAGUUGAGUUUCAUUAUAUAAGCUAUGGUGAGAAGUACCUCUUCUGAGACCUGUUAUUAUACGCAUGGCUUCCAGUUGAAUAGAUUCAAGAAGAUCAGAUUCGGCUUGAGUGCAAUUGUCCCAAACUACAUCAGCAUAUUCUAAUAUUGGUCUUAUGUAUGAAGUAUAUAAAGUUUUCAAGGUUUUCCUAUCAACUAAUUUUUUUAAUACACGAAGUAAACUUAAUCUAGAGUUAGCUUUUUGAUACACAUUAGAAAUAUGGUCCGCCCAUGUUCCUUUACUAUUAAAGGUUAGCCCUAAGUGGUUAUGAGAUUCAUUUUGUACAAUUAGAUUAUUAUUAAACUAAUCCCUUUUAGUUCUUAGAGUAGUGCAAAUCCCAUUAAUAGGACUUCUAUAUAUUAAUGUAUGUGGGUAAGAUAGCGCAAGUGCGUCUUUAUAUCUACAAUUGAAACAAUGAUUAAAACUGAUAUGUUAUGAACAUCUUCCUUUGAAGAUGACUUCAUAACCGCUAUUCUGUGUAAGUGGACCCGGAAUACGUUUAGAUCAUCACGCCGUGUUGUCAUAGUGGUUGUGUGCUUUACUGUACUAAGUACUUCACCCAUUUAUAUCCCGAUAGACAUAAUCAUAUACAGGUCUCGAUGCAUCUGACGCAUAUUAAAUGGCCUCAUAUAUUUCAGAAUUGAUAUAUAAAAAGAUAUUCCCUAGAAAUAACUGUGUUUAAUCUAUAAUCUCAGUAUAUAUUGUAGCAUUUCAACGAAUUAACUAUCCCAUGACUUAUAAUCAACAAGAUUGUUUUUUUCUGUUUCCAUAGAUAAGGAUUUGGACUUCAUCAUAACAACAGUCUCUAAAAAACCCUAAAAGUAUUUUAUAAUGCUUUUUUACAUAUGCGUUCGAUUGAUUGCAAUAGUCACUAACAAACUGGAGUUUUCUCCCUUUCGCUGUUA